GUUAACAGCAGCAUCGUUUCUGGAUGGAUGUGGUUGAGGUGUAGUGACAUGUUUUGUUUAUUUCUAAAUUAUGGAAAUAAUAGUCUUUUGCACUUAUAAACAGAAACAGUAUAAAUGAAUACUUAUUAUUUCCGCUUAAAGCCAGAAUCUUUGAAAUGGUUGACAUAAACAAAUAUCUUGAAUCCCAACUUGCAUUAGCAAAAGAAAGAUCCGCUAUCAAAUCUACCAAAAAACAGGCAAUAGGAUGUGAAGAAGUUUCGCAAAGAAGCAAGAGUGCUGCUGACAAAAUAUCAAAGAAACAAGAUAGACAAUUUAAUAAGAAUUUGCCUUCGGGUGAAGCUAGUACUGGCACAUCGCGAAAACCUUCAACACCGCACGCCGAUUCCGACGAUGAUGAAUACUUACCUUCUGAUGAUGAAUGUGACGGUGACUUGAACAUAAACUGCUCCAUACCUUCAACAUCACGGGGCAAACAGAAUUUGAAAAAAAUUAUUGAUGAUGGUGACCAGCAUUUAUAUGAUGAAAGAAUCAAGGUUUGGAAAGGAAACUUGUCAGCAGUCAGCACAGGACAAUCCAAUGGUGUAAUUACUUCAGCUGAUAUCCAAUACCUUGUCUCGGGUAACAAAGAUUUUGAUAAAUUUCAUGAGCUUCAAAAUGGCUUCAAUGUUCCAAAUUACAUAUGGAAACAACUCUACAAAUAUCAAAGGAUAGGAGUGAAAUGGUUGUGGGAGCUUCAUCAAGUACAGUCAGGAGGCCUUCUUGGUGAUGAAAUGGGACUUGGAAAAACAAUUCAAAUAAUUGGCUUCUUAGCCGGACUUUAUCACACUGAUUCAGGAAACUGGGGCGGGCUUGGCCCUUCCAUAAUUGUGGCCCCUGCAACUAUAAUUUAUCAGUGGGUUUCCCAGUUUCAUUAUUGGUGCCCUAAUUUGAGGGUUGCAGUUCUUCAUCACUCUGGCUCACAUGUUGGAAACCACAACAAACUUAUUAAAGACUUGCAUGCAUCCCAUGGCAUUCUUCUUGUAACUUAUGCAGGCAUAGUGAAAUAUUCCCAAGAUUUGCUUUCAAAGAAGUGGCACUAUAUAAUUCUAGAUGAAGGACACAAAAUACGGAACCCAGAAGCACAAGUCACCAAGUUCAUAAAAAAAUUUCAAACACCACAUAAAUUAUUGGUCACUGGGUCACCAAUGCAGAACAGUUUACAAGAAUUGUGGUCACUCUUUGACUUCAUGAGACCAGGAUUAUUGGGCACUUAUGCUGCAUUUAUGGAACAUUUUGCACUGCCUAUUACACAAGGAGGCUAUGCUAAUGCGACACAGUUACAGGAAGCUACAGCAUUUGAAAUAGCAAAAGCAUUAAAAAAUCUUAUAACCCCAUACAUGCUCAGGCGUACAAAAUCUGAAGUGCAAGAUCACAUAAAAUUGCCUGAAAAAAAUGAACAGGUUUUAUUUUGUGCAUUGAGUCAAGAACAAAGAGACUUGUAUAUGGGAUACCUUACAGGAAGCACUGUCAGAAGUAUUUUAGAUAAAGACAACAAGUUUUGCAAACCUGUUCGAGCCAGGAUUUUAGUUGCUCUAUCUACAUUGAGAAAAAUAUGUAAUCAUCCAGAUUUAUAUCUCUAUGAAGCUCAAGAUGAAAUGGAACAUAUUGAUGAACAAAAAUUUGGCCAUUGGAAGAGAUCUGGGAAGAUGACAGUAGUAAAUUCUCUUCUGAAAAUUUGGCAGAAACAAGGUCACAGGGCUUUGAUAUUUUCUCAAUCCAGAGCAAUGUUGUGUAUUUUAGAACAAUAUUUGCAAAAUCAAGAAUUUAAAUAUUUAAAGAUGGAUGGCACAGUGAGUGUAAGUCAGAGGCAGAAUCUCAUUAAAACUUUUAAUGAUAAUUCUGAAUACAUGGUCUUCUUGGCGACAACAAGGGUGGGUGGUUUGGGAGUAAAUUUAACAGGAGCAGAUAGGGUUAUUAUAUAUGAUCCUGACUGGAAUCCAGCCACAGACAACCAAGCAAAAGAGAGAGCUUGGAGGAUAGGUCAACAAAGAAAUGUGACAGUUUAUAGACUUCUGUCUGCUGGAACAAUAGAAGAGAAAAUUUAUCAAAGGCAGAUUUUCAAGCAUUUCCUCAGUAAUAAAAUCCUAGUUGAUCCCAAUCAAAAAAAUGUUUUAACUACCAGUACCUUGCAUGGUCUAUUUCAUCUUGAGGAUCCAAAUCAUGAGGGAGAUACAGAGACAGCUUCUCUUUUCAAACAUACCAAAGUUAAUGUGAAUAACAAAUCCAAAACUAAUAAAGAUGAUAUACACAUGAGUGGUGGAGUAUCAUUUUCGAAAAAGAAAUUGGAAGCAAUGAGACGACAGGCAAAAGAGAUAAGCAAAAAAAUUGCACAUAAUGUUGAAAAACCUCAGCAACUGGAAGAAGAUCCAAGAGAGAGGUAUAAGAAAAAGAGGGAACUUUUGUUAAACCCUCCAAAAGAAGAUGAACCUGAAAUUAACUUAGUAGAUGACAAGGUAACUAAUGUACCGUUUGAAAAUGUUUUAUCUGAAUUAGAUAUAAUUAAUUUGCACACAAAAAAAGAUUAUGAAGAAAAUUUAAUAAAGCAAGUUUUAAAACAAGAUCAAAAUGAUGAUAUUUUAGAUGAGGGUGAGUUAACUGAAGAUUUAAAUAGUAAUUUAAAAGAAACUAAAGAAUCCAGCCUUAGCAUAGAGGAGUGUGAAAGUAAUAUUGAUACUGGUAAUGAAACAGAACUAAAUGAAGCAACAAGAAGCACAUCUCAGUUAGUUGAUAAUGAACAGGUUGAUAAUGAACAGGAUGAUUACAAAAAGAAAAAGAAUAAAAAGUCUAACAAGAGAAAGUAUUCAUCUGAUUUAGACUCUGACAUUGAAAGUUUAUUGGCAGUAAAAAAAGUAAAAAGAAAGAAACAUAAAAAAGAAAAACAUGAAAAUAAAGGCAAUGAUGAUGACUAUGUUUUAAGUAAACUAUUUGCAAAAGCCAAUGUUAAGAACGCAUUACAACACGACAUUGUUGUAGGUUUAGCUGAAAAGGAAAAAAUGCAUAGAAUGAAAGAAGAAGCUUCAAAGAAAGCAAAAUUUGCAGUGAGAGCCAUAAAAUUUUCUUCUUAGAACUUGAGGUAGUUGGCAGUUUAGAUUAAGGUGAAAGAUUGUGAUUAUUUUUUAUUAAGUUA